CACGCGCUCAGCGGUCACGCGCGCCGCCAGUCUCUGCGCGGUCACAUCAGCAGAAAGCAAACAAUGCACGCCAAGCUGAUGAGAAAAUAUAAAGCUUUGGAGGAAUUUCCCUCAUCAGCGGCUCUUCAGAGAGGAGGACGGUUUUAACGCAAAGGUGCGUUCAAACUCUGAGCCCAGAGGAGUGGAUCUCUACUAGUGUGGACUUCUAAUUGUCUAACAUUUGGACCUUGGGAUUGUUGACCUGAUGCCUUGAACCAUGCGUUCUCAACAAAGUUUCAUGUCAUUUGUGAACAACAGAAAAGACAUUGAUCGCCUGUGCUGCGCUAAAUGUCGAUUUUCCACCAAGGACACCGAGCUGUUCGAGAGGCAUGUGUCCCAUCAUGAGGAGAUGACCUUCUCCUGUGUGCUCUGCAGCCACGUUUCCUAUUCCAAAACAGAGUCUCAGAAACACAUCGUCUCUCAUACUGGCUCGUACCCGUACAGGUGCAGCUUCUGCUCAUAUGGAGCGGUGCGGAGAGAUUACUUGGUGAAACACAUUCUGCGUAUACACAAGAAAAAUGCAGAAGAAGGCUUCAAAAUGGACCAAGACUGCGAUCAUUCGUCUGUCCCUGAAACCCUCUGGAUGUCCGGUUGGCUUAAAAGGAACGAUCAGCCUACAAUUCCCAGUUCCCAUGUAGAACUCCCUAGUGGAAGUCAACCAAGAGUCAACAAGUCGUCUGUUAUUGCUAAAUCAAUGAGCCAAACCAGCAGUAGCUGUGGCCGGGUGACCUGCACUACGACAGCACCCAGCAUCUCCAACACAACAGUUGCACUUUCUAGGACACAGUUCCCCAGUGGCGUUCCCAGCUGCUCUACAAGCGCAAGCCACACAUCAAGCAAACCUCCACAAGUUGUUCUAAGAUCGCGAGAGGAAAACGGCACCCUGUUUAAGUCUUUACUCAAUACUGAUAGUAAAAGUAAGGUGGCUAGCAGAAGAGCUGUACUAGAAAAGCCCAUCCCGAAAGCCACUUUCCCACGAGUCCAAAGUAUUUCAACAGAACCACUUCAGCAAAGCCCGAGGGUUGGUGUUCCUGAGAAAGGUUUGCACUCAAAAACUGUUCCCAGAGUCCAGGUACGACUGCCUGCUGAAAUGAACACUGCGCUCAGACCACUGCUUAAUAUGCCACUGUCCAAGAGGAAUGCCCAGGUGGAUCUGAGAGCAACUCAGUCCACAACAGGGACCAACACUGUGAUGCAGAAAACUGCAGGACUUUCCAGAACUCCGAUCAGAGGUCCACUGCACUUGCCUGCAGAAAAGAGCAAUCAGACGAGGACAAACACCAGAGCACUUGUAGGAUCAUCAACAGAGGUUUCAAGUCCAUUAUCCAAUGUCCAGGUGGAACUGUUAGCACCACUUAACCAGCCAAUUCAGCACAACAAACCAUUAACCGUGUCCUGUCCAGAGGAGAUCAAUAUUCCUGCUGGGUGUUUGGUAGAAUUGGUGGAGGUGAAAAACAUCAAUGGGACUCGUGAGUUGGAGCUCCGCUUGAUCCCACCGAAUGCAGUCCCACAGGACAAGAGAAGCGCAGCGGAUGGAUCAUCACAAGAUGCUACUGGGAGCAAACUAUCUUUCAAAUGUCAGGUUGCUGCAAAAGAGUGUCCAGUCAGUCCAUCAACAUCUUCAACAUUUCACCAGGUCAAACAGCAGCAGUCUUCAGCAAGCCCUGACACAAAGACUUCAGCACACAAACUACAGCGUUCCUCAAAAACACCAACCAGGAGUAAGAUCAACCUGACGGGCAGAGAUUCAGGGAUCAAGCGCACGGCAGCAGCUCAUGAAGGAGUCAUGUUGGAGGGUCCAGAACUGAGUUCUGAAGGCCUUCCAGUGAUUUCCUCAGUCUUCUCUCUCUGUCCUACACCUACAUUAACUCAAAGCCUCCCACAGGGCUUUCCAGAAACGCAACGCUGGACAGUCACAACAAAAGAGCCAAAGGACAAAGUGAGAAGUGGAGAUCGAUCACUGGUCUGUAGUAUUCUGAUUAAAAAGGAGGAAGAACCUGAGGAGAAACCCAAACUUGCUUCUGUGGACCUCCAAGGAACAAAGACAGAGCCUGUGAAUACUGAAGACUUUACAGUAUCUAAGGUUCGAGUGAAAAGAGCUGGAAAAACUUUAGAUGCAAGACAUUUAAAACAAAAUCCUAAUAAUGUGCAGGUGUCUCAACCAUCGGUUAUUCCCAAGCAGGGCUUGGUCUCAUCAAACAAGGACAAUAUUCCACAUCAUGAUAAAGAAGCGGAGUCUGGCAGGAUGUCAGAGCACCACAGCAGUGCUCCCCUCAAGUAUCCCAAAGUGUCUCUGGUCAGGAUUCCCAGUUCCUUGUUGGAUUCGGCCGAGAAGCCUCCGGAAGCGCCAGCGCAAGAGGAGAGUCUGACGGCACGACCAGUUCUCUGCUGUACAUUAAGAGAACAGAAUGUCUCCGGCAGUCCUGAAGUGGCCAUCAAGCUGAUAUUAAAGAGAGAUCUUCGCGCAAGUGAAGAGAAGCACUCAGACUAUGAGUCGCCACCACGGAAAAAACAUAAAAAAGAAAAGAGGAAAGACAAAAAGCGCAGGUCAUCUAUGGGUCUUUCUCAUACCUCGACUGAAGCGCUGAGGAUAACUCCUCUGAGAGACGAUCAGCUCGUUAAGAUUCCUGGCCCAAACCAGCCGGUGGUGGUUCUGAACCACCCGAAUCCUGCCGCUCGGACCAUGAGUGUGGGUGUACAGACGCUGAAGAACUAUAAGUGGAUUUGCUCAAUGGAUCAGGAGCAGACACCGACUGAGAGGAAACAGCCCUCGCUCAAGAUGAAACUGAAGAAAGUUCAUGGACAGAAUUACCAGGUAAUCGAGUUGGUGUUAAACGGGGUUUCAGAGAAACUGCUGACGUGAAAAAUUGUACCUUGACCUUUCAACCUUGGACCAUUUUUAUGUUGGUGCCAAUUUCUAUUUAUUUUUUAAUAAACCCUGUGUUUUUAAGUUUAAUGGUAAAUAAGACUCUCUGAUUGGACGGCAGUAAACUGACCAUACAAGACUGUCCAUGUUUGAUUUGUAGUUGUGAAAUGAACAUUUUCAACACUUUACUUACCCUCGCCCCUCGACAACAAAACAAACAUGUUCCUAUAUGUAUAGACUGUAAAACUCAACUGUGCCAAUGUGUAAAUGUUACUAUCAUGCUUUAAACAACUCUAAUGGCUGCGUUAUGUUGUUGUGUGCUCAUUUGUGAUGACCAUACCACCUCAUUUUACAUCUGUACACUUUCACACCUUCAUGUCCAGCACAUUCAGUGUUGAAGAAUUUGACAUCAAGUUUAGUCAUGUUAGUUGGUUUUACUCAUCGGUGUUGGUGUGAAUCUCUGCAGUGAAUUUAGAUCAAAUCAUCCAUCUUCAUUGCUGACAGAUUCAGAUGGAUUUCAAUAGUCAAAGUGUUUAUGCGAACAGAAUGCUUGCGUUUAUCAACUCAGUAUUAGCCAGUUCUGUUUACACCCAUCCUGGGUUUUAGGUGCCGUUAAUGUAGCUUGGGUUUAAUCCCUCUUUGUCACCAUUGUAUCACAGCUAGCCUGCUCCAGGCCAACAGGGGCGUAGCGGACAUUUUAAAAGUGGG